GACGAACACAUGCAAGAGCGCCCAACUUGCUGAGACAAUAAAUCCCAACAAGAUUGUGCUAAUUUACCUCCGUUGCUCCCGAAACCCGACAUUGGAGUUUGUUAUUGAACAGAGGAUACGCUCUGAUAUUUUGACUGUGUCAUCAUCGCCGACAACAGUGUCGACGACAACAUCGAAGACAACGACAGGGAUCCUCGGUUCCCCCCCGCACGAGCGGUCAUACCUGCCAGUCCCAAAGUUAUCCGUCGGCUGAGACACAAAACCGAGAAAAUAACCUUCAACCUUCUAAGCCAGCUUUCUUUCGCAAUUCAGAAGCAAUCGUGAAGUGUGAUUCAGGAAGGAGUGAAAAGCAGACAAAUCACACACAAUGGCACUAAGAUUGAGGACGGGGCGGCUCGCCCUGAGCGGGGCCAUUCGUCCCAUGAUUGCCACAUCCCCGUCAUGCCUUUCGACGCGCCGGGCAUACGCCACCGCCGAGCCAGACCUCAAGACGACCCUCAAGGAGGUCAUCCCCGCCAAACGCGAGCUGCUCAAGAAGGUCAAGGCCCAUGGCGCCAAGGUUAUCGGCGAGGUCAAGGUCGAGAACACCCUCGGCGGCAUGCGCGGGCUCAAGGCCAUGGUCUGGGAGGGCUCUGUGCUCGACGCCAACGAGGGCAUCCGCUUCCACGGCCGUACCAUCAAGGACUGCCAGAAGGAGCUGCCCAAGGGCAAGACUGGCACCGAGAUGCUGCCCGAGGCCAUGUUCUGGCUUCUGCUGACGGGCAAAGUACCCUCGGUCAACCAAACCCGCCAGUUCUCGCGCGAGCUCGCCGAGCAGGGCCAGCUUCCCGCCUUCGUAAGCAAGAUGCUAGACGACUUCCCGCGCGACCUCCACCCGAUGACCCAGUUCGCCAUGGCUGUGUCGGCCCUCAACUACACGUCCAAGUUCGCCAAGGCCUACGAACAGGGCCUCAACAAGGCCGACUACUGGGAGCCCACCUUUGACGACUGCAUCUCGCUGCUCGCAAAGCUGCCCACCAUCGCCGCCAAGAUCUACCAGAACGCCUACCGCGGCGGUGGCGCCCUGCCUGCCGAAAUCGACCUCGAGCAGGACUGGUCCUACAACUUCGCUGCCAUGCUCGGCAAGGGUGGCCGCGAGAACGAGAACUUCCAGGAUCUCCUGAGGCUGUACCUCGCCCUGCACGGCGACCACGAGGGCGGCAACGUCUCGGCGCACGCCACCCACCUCGUGGGCAGUGCCCUGAGCGACCCUUUCCUCAGUUACAGCGCCGGUCUGCAGGGCCUGGCCGGACCGCUGCACGGCCUCGCCGCCCAAGAAGUCCUCCGCUGGAUCAUCCAGAUGAAGGACGCCAUCCCGGCCUCGUACACGGAGAAGGACGUGCACGACUACCUCUGGACGACACUCAACUCGGGCCGCGUGGUGCCGGGGUACGGGCACGCGGUGCUGCGCAAGCCGGACCCGCGCUUCGAGGCACUGAUGGACUACGCGGCGGCGCGCCCCGAGAUCGCCAACGACCCCGUCUUCCAGCUCGUCCGCACCAACAGCCAGAUCGCCCCCGAGGUGCUCAAGAAGCACGGCAAGACCAAGAACCCCUACCCCAACGUCGACUCCAGUUCCGGCGUGCUCUUCCACCACUACGGCUUCCACGAGACCCUGUAUUACACCGCCACCUUUGGCGUCUCGCGCGGCCUCGGCCCGCUCGCUCAGCUCGUGUGGGAUCGCGCCCUCGGGCUGCCGAUCGAGAGGCCCAAGAGCAUCAACUUGGAGGGGCUCCUGAAAGAGGUGGAGAAGCAGUGAGGGGGCGUUCAGUUAUGGUGCGCAUAAUGACGGGAUGGGUACAAACGAGC